UGCUCUCUAGUGUGAAUAGAAACAAAAACAAAAGAACAAAAGAUCAGAGAAUAUAUGUCAGUUGAGUUCAUGUUUUGUCACAAGGCGAAUAGGCGUGGAAGAUCAUAUGUGGCUCCAGAAAGGCUACCCCAAUCUCCUCCACCAUUGUUGCAGGCUCAAGAAAGCCCUUGGGCUGAUUUGCCUUCAGAGUUGCUUCUCAACAUUAUCUGGAGAGUGGAAGCUACUGAGACCACAUGGCCAGGCCGCAGAGAUGUUGUAAGUUGUGCAGCUGUUUGCAGAUCAUGGAGACAAACCACAAAAUGGGUUGUAAGGACUCCUCUCCAAUCUGGGUUGCUCACCUUCCCCUGCUCCCUCAAGCUGCCUGGGCCAAGAGAUUCACCUAUUCAAUGCUUUAUCAAAAGAGAAAGGUCUACAUCAACAUUCAGAUUGUAUCUUGGCCUUACUCCUGUGGAAGCUGGAAAAUUGCUAAUGACAGCAAAGAAGAACAGAAGGCCUAUGUCCACAGAUUUCUUGAUAUCCUUGUCCAAGGAUGAUUUUUCCCAAUCCAGUGAUAAUUAUGUGGGGAAGCUAAGAUCUAAUUUCCUUGGGACAAAGCUCAGUAUUCAUGACUCCCAACCUUCUUGUAACACUGCAAUCCAAAUGAAUAAUUGGUCAUAUAAAAGAUUCAUGUUGAAGAAAGUGGCGGCGAAUCCCCAAACUAGCAAUUAUAGGGUGGCAACUAUAUCUUAUGAAAUCAAUCUUCUUCGUACUCGAGGACCUAGAAGAAUGCAAUGCGCCAUGCACACGAUCCCCUUCUCUGCAAUGCAGGAAGAGGGAUCUGUUUAUACUCCAACAUCCUUUCAGAACUACAAGUUCACUUCACCGCUUUCAAUUGAAAAACCCCAGGGUUCAAAUCCACUGAUCUUGAGGAAUAAGUCUCCUAGAUGGCAUGAACAAUUGCAAUGUUGGUGCCUGAACUUCAAAGGGCGAGUUACAGUGGCAUCUGUCAAGAACUUUCAGCUCAUGGCAGCUGUUGAUGCAUCCCAGAAUGUUGUGCCAGUUGCAGAACAAGAAAAAGUAAUCCUACAAUUCGGAAAGAUUGGGAAAGACAUUUUCACUAUGGAUUACUGUUAUCCUCUUUCUGCCUUCCAGGCCUUCGCGAUUUGUCUGAGUAGCUUUGACACAAAACCAGCAUGCGAGUAGCCAUGUUUUAUAUUCGCUUUUCCUUAUCAAAAAUCAGCUGUAUAUAUUUCUAGG